GGCGAGAUCAACAUCGACUCACUGCCGGACAUCGAGGAGGACGCCGCUGGCCGGCCUGCGCCGCCGACCGAGCCGGGCCACGGCCUGGACAUGCGCCGCGCGCGGCCGUCCUGGCGAGCCGCCGGCGCGCCCCGUCGAGACUCCGCUCGACCUGAGCAAGCCGGUGCGCGUGAGCACGGACCCCGAGCCGCGUCACGGCGACGGCCCUCUGACCGACUCUAGCUGCGACCGCAGCGGCGACGACUUCGGGGUCUUCAUGGACGCGCGCUCCGAGGCCGAGUCGAUGGACUUUGAACGCUUCAGCAACGCCGGCUCGCCAGCGUCGAGCACGGCAAGCUUAGUGCCCCCGGGGCCGCAGCCCCUGGCGCCGCAACAGCAGCAGGCCAAGCCCAACAAGCGCUACCGCACGCAGAUGUCACAGACCCAGGUGAAGAUCAUGAAGCAGCUAUUCUCCGAGUACAAGACGCCGACCAUGUCCGAGUGCGAGCUGCUGGGCAGUGAGAUCGGGCUUGCCAAACGCGUGGUACAGGUCUGGUUCCAGAACGCUCGCGCCAAGGGCAAGAAGCAGCAGCAGGUGCAGGGUUUCGAACCAGAGCCGCCGCGCCCGGCAGAGGAGUGUCGCUACUGUAACUUCAAGUACAGCCACAAGUACGCCAUCCAGGACCACAUCUUCACCCGCAAGCACAUCGAGAACGUGCGUGCCGCCAUCGAAAACGACCGGAAGACGGACGGCUUUUACCAGCCGCCGGCGUCCCACGCGCCGCCCUCGGCCGCCCCGGCGCCCGCUCCAGCGCCCGCCCAGGCGCCCGCGCCGGCACCCGCGCCGCCAGCCGACCCUCCCACGCCCGCAGAGAAGCCCCUGCCGCCCGUCAACAAGAACAUGUCACUGCUGCUGCAGCAGAUGUACGGCAUGGGCGCGCCACUGCCGCCGCAGCUACCGCUCGUCCAGAACCAGCCCGAGGGCUCCGACGGCGGCGACGGCGCCUUCGGCACGCCGCUACGCCUGCUGCAGAUUCCGGCGCACGCGCUGGCUGAGCUGCGGCAGGCGUUGCAGGCCGACGGCCCCUCUGAAGCGCGCUUCACUCAGGACGGCUGCUCGGCGGCCGGCCUGCGCGGCGUCGCCGAGGUAGACGGCGAGAGCGGCGCCGUCUGCAAGCAGUGUCACCUGGUGUUCCCGACCGUGCGGCAGCUGGAGCGGCACCCGUGCUGCCAGUCGGGCGGCGCGCCGGCGCGCCUGCUGCUCACGCAGCGCCAGUACCAGUGUCUGGUCUGCCUGCAGCGGCUGGCCACGCGCGCCGAGGCCGUCGGCCACAUCGCCCGGCUGCACGGCGGCGGCCCGACGGCGGCGCGCGCCGACGUCGCUGACAAGAUCGCCUCGUUGGCGCAGAGCAAGACGCUGGCUGGGCUCGGCGGCACCGACACCAACGGCAACUUCCACCACGCGGCCGCCGGCGCCGUGCGGGGCGAGCAAUAACCGGGCGCGCGCCGCCGCCGCGCGCACGCAAUAACGCCUCCCCGCGCCGACGCCGACGCGACGCCGCCGUCACGUGCGGCCACGACGCGCACGCACACGUCCCCGGCCUGCACACACAAUCACCAUUCGCUCACAGGCGCCGGGCGGGGGAGGCAGCGCACUAGACAAACCGAAGCGCGCCCAGACGUGUGCAGCGAACUCUACGUAGGUACAUGUUUCUCCGAUAUAGUUAAUCGCUUCCAGAUGGCCGGCGCCGGGAAGCAUCCCCGUACUGUACAGUCGUCCCGCAGGAGGCGUGUGACAAAGUACAACACGCUCGCACUAUGGUUCCUAAUGCUGCGCUGCUGACGUUGGUGUGCUACCCGUUCUGUUUGGCGGUCGUCCGGCCGGCCUGGCCGCCCGGUAGCCGCCAGCCGCCCGCCGCCCGUUCUUGUGGUGUUAUUAUCGUUGUGAUAUUGUGCAGCGCGUGUGUGUGUGUCUCCAAUGCCAUAUAAUGGUAACCAGGAGGGCGUGGCACGUCCGCGCCCCCCACAGCUAAUGUUCCUAACAUUAUAUAUAUACAUAUACUAACAAUACUAAGAUGUUCCUGUACUUUUAUACUGGAUGAGAGGGUUCUUAUAACACAUGCAGGGGCCGGCGUAGGGACAAUUUCAUGGUAUCGCGAAAUCAGUGAAGAAAGUUCCUGUUUUUUGGUGCCUUUGUAAUCCUCGCAUUUGUCCGCGUGUUCGCGGCUCCGUCUGUUACAACUGUAGCUACUGCACAGGUUUUGGGGGAAUGCACGGUACAUAGUCCCUAAUGCUACCGCCAUGUUUCCUAUAACGGUUCCUGUUGACUAACUCAAGUUCCUAACACGAGCACCUUCACGGCGCCGACCAGCCUGCUGCUUCUCAACUAACCGGGCCUCGCAUCAAGUGCCAUUGUUUUCCAGUGACGUCAUCGGCACUGUUCGUGACGUCAUGCAUGUCUGUGUGCUGCAAACCACUAACACUCGAGCCGCAAGCCGCGAUAGCUGCACGCUGUGCCGGGCCGAAGUGCGCGCGCUGCCAGGGUGCCAAACGGACCAAACCAGCCACGUGUGGACCAUAGCCGCUCUGUUUAGUCCAAAUCAGCCGAGGCGGCCGGACGAGUGGACGCUUGUGGAGCUUCACGCGUUCAAAUGUACACUCGCGCGUCCCACAUCCGGCGCCGCCCUUACUGGCCACUUGCGUAGGAUGUAUGUUUGACGAAAAAUCCAUUCCAGCGGAUCCAGUUGUGAUUUGUGUUGGCUUCGAGUGUGAUUUAGACCGAUGUAUCAUUGCCGCUAGUUUUGCAUAGGUAGCGACGCGCGCGUGUCGUUUCAAAUCUUGCAGUGUUGGGUUUAUAUAUUUAUUUUGUUGAAGGCUGCACACGGCAUUAUUGACAAUGUGAUAACCGCGGUGGUUCCGACAAUAUGCUGAGCGAUGUGCUGACCACAGCGCGGGCGGGGGAGGCGGCGGGUGUGCCGCAGUGCAGGCGCGAGAAAAUGCCCGAGGCUGAUGCGAGGUCGUGUGACCUCCAGCGGUCACACGACCUCGAGAGGUCACAUAAAAUUGUCUCUACCUCGCGCCUGCCCCAAGUUCCUAUUAUCAUGAUAAGAACCCAGUGUAGUGUGGAGUGACAGGUGGCGGCCGCUCAAGCUGGACUGGGUCACGUCGGAUUGAACUGAGUCAGGUCAAACCGAGCCGGGUCUUGCCACACCGGACCCGGUCUGGUCAGACUGCGCUCUCUUCCAUCAGAAAAACGCGGUCCGUUCAGGCUGGACCAUUUUGAUUCAGACUGGUCUUGGUCCGACCGUACACUCCGGCCAGACCGGGACCAUGUCACGUGGUCAGGUCCGGUCAUACUGGUCCUGGAUCUAUCAGACUGAUCCCGGUCCGUUCAGACCGGUCCCGGUCCGGUCAGACUGGUCCCGGUCCGGUCAGACUGGUCCCUGUCCGGUCAGACUGCCCGCCGCCCGCCGCUCCGCCGCACCGUUAUCGUCCGAGUCUGACGAUCAGUCUGUGCGCCGACGCCGACGCCGCGCUGCCGUCUGGCGCCGGCACGCUCGCCGUGCGCGCGCGCGCGCGCGAGCGUAUAUUUUCUGGUAUGGUUCGAAUUUGUUUUCGUACUAAGUGAGUGGACGCAUGAAUGCUUAUGUCGGAUA